CGGAGUCCACAGUUAUCUCCACCAGUGGGUUAAGCUGUCACGCAGACGAACGUGGCCCGGGCUCCGCCGCCGCCAGCACCACCACCACAAUGUUCUCCUGGAUGAACAAGGAUGAGGCGAAGAAAAAGUCGCUAGACGUGUACGACACCGUCUUAGACGGCCUGAGGAAAGUGUACAAGACGAAGGUGUUCCCGCUGGAGUCGAACUACCAGUUCCACGACUUCCACUCCCCCGCCCUCGAUGAUCCAGACUUUGAUGCCAAGCCCAUGAUCCUGCUGGUGGGGCAAUACUCGACCGGUAAGACCACUUUCAUCCGCUACCUCUUGGAGAGGGACUUCCCAGGCAUCAGGAUUGGACCCGAGCCCACCACAGAUGGCUUCAUUGCUGUCAUGUACGGAGACACAGAUGGCACCAUCCCGGGGAACGCCUUAGUGGUGGACCCCAAGAAGCCCUUCAGACCUCUCUCCAAGUUUGGAAAUGCUUUCCUCAACCGGUUCCAGUGCUCACAAGUGAACUCUACGGUGCUGAAGGGAUUGUCUGUCAUUGACACGCCCGGCAUCCUCUCUGGGGAGAAGCAACGGGUGGACCGAGGUUACGAGUUUACAGGUGUCUUAGAGUGGUUCGCUGAGCGGGUAGACAGAAUUAUUCUCCUCUUUGAUGCGCACAAACUGGAUAUCAGUGAUGAGUUCCGGCGGUCCAUUGAAGCGCUCAAGGGACACGACGAUAAAAUCCGUAUUGUACUUAACAAGGCUGACAUGGUGGACCAUCAGCAGCUGAUGAGAGUAUACGGUGCUCUAAUGUGGUCUCUAGGAAAGGUGCUCGCCACUCCUGAAGUCGCGCGGGUGUACAUUGGCUCGUUUUGGGACCAGCCGCUACGCUACGAUGUUAACCGAAGAUUGUUCGAGGCCGAGGAGCAAGAUCUCUUCUCAGACUUACAAUCUUUGCCCCGUAAUGCAGCACUACGGAAACUGAAUGAUCUCAUCAAACGUGCCAGACUUGCCAAGGUUCAUGCAUAUAUCAUCUCAGAAUUGAAGAAAGAAAUGCCAUCUAUGUUUGGCAGAGAAAAUAAAAAGAAGGAACUAAUCAAGAACUUGGGUACGAUCUAUGACAAGAUUCAACGAGAACACCAGAUCUCUCCUGGAGACUUCCCAGAAAUUAAGAGAAUGCAGGAACAACUUCAGCAUCACGAUUUCACCAAGUUUAAUGUUAUGAAGCCCCGACUAUUGGAAGCUGUGGACAGAAUGCUAGCGGAGGACAUAGCUCGUUUGAUGGCCAUGAUUCCAGUCGAGGAGGCUGCCUCAAACAAGGAAAAUACUGUCAUCCGUGGUGGUGCUUUUGAUGGUGUGAUGAAUGACAACACUGUCUUUGGGUUCAAGAGAGGUGAGGGAGCCGAUGCAGGAGCAGGUGACCCUGAUUGGAUAGUUGCCAAAGACCGCUACAAGUAUGACCAGCUUUUCGACAACCUUAACCCUGUUGAUGGCAAGAUUACUGGUUCAGCGGCUAAACAAGAGAUGCUCAAGUCUAAGCUGCCCAAUUCAGUACUGGGUAAGGUUUGGAAGAUGUCUGACAUUGACAAAGAUGGCAUGCUUGAUGCAGACGAGUUUGCGCUGGCAAUGCAUCUCAUCAACAUCAAAUUGGACGGCAACGACUUGCCCAAUGAUCUCCCUGAGCAUCUUGUUCCUCCUAGCAAGAGAGGCUUCCAGGCAUAGAUGAGGCGAACACCAAAAUCUUAACGAGUGCGUUACAAUUCAUUGUGGGGUGUGGAGGCGGUGACGACGAUGAUCAGAUCACAGCUUUGAUAAGGCUACACCUGUUGAUAUGGUGUAUAGAGGGAAUGUUAGUGUAAAAAAAAAAUUAACUUUCAUAUUUAACUUUAUAUUUAUGUAUUGAUUAACUGUAAGCGAGUAAAGCUAGAAAUUGUAUAGAUUUAUAAUUUUUUUUAAAUAAAAAAUAGUUGGCAGAUUAGCAUUAAAGAAUGUUGUUCCUUGCCAUGUCUGCUACAGGUCAGGCAGUGGCUCAAGAAUUUUAUAUGACAAAUUAAAAACCAAAAAAAAAAUAUUUUAAAUCGUUUAUCAACAUGGAAAAGUCUUUACUAAUCAUUCACAACAUGAUGCCGGACACGUGUGCACGUAACAACCGUUUGCCAUUACGGAAAGAGUUUGUGGCAUACAUAAUUGCCCCAACUAGGUCGUAUGUUCUUCCUGACCAAGUUCUGUGUUGUGUUUUUUUGUUCUUACUCGUUGCCGGCUUUGGUGAUUUGAGUGAGGUGCAACUGUGAGUCGCCCAGUGGAUACAAAGCAUCUAGACAGUACUUAGAUGUUUUUGAGAUGUUCAGUAUUCAACAACAAAGAAAACAUAAGAUCUAGUCGACUAUCUACUCCCACUUUUAAAGGCUUUAUACCUUGAGAUAUUCACGUAAGGCAGUAUUUCAACAAUAGUCUUUGCUAAGUUCUUACUAGUUUGAAUGAUUCUUCUUGUUAUAGAUAGAACAUUUUCAUAUAAAUAUUUUUUUUUUCUUCAUUUAAACGUUGCAUCUAGAACAUUUUUACAGUUGGCUGUGGAGAACUUAGCAAGAGCUCUUGGUAAAUAGUGUCUGUAGCAUAUAGCCGUCAGUAGGCUAAUGUUCACGCAAGUGCCGCAAUCUUUUUCCUACAAGCUAUUCUGUCUAGAUAAUUUUUUUCAUAUGAUUGACCCUUUAUUGUAUAUCUUAUUUAUGAUUUUAAUUGGUUAAAUAAUUGAAUACAAAUAUGAUUGGCAAAGCUUUGAUAAGGUGCUAUUUCAUAGGCAAAGCUUGGCUAGGCUAGCUACAAAAUAUUGCCACAGUUCAAUAUCAGGAGAAUAUGUCAUUCCAUCAUUAUUUGAUAGUUUCAGUCUCCACACUGGAGCAAGUUGUGUUACUUUGGCUCUCACCGCAGUGGUUAAUUCCCAGCCCACUAGCUGGGAAAGUAUUUUAAGUGGAAAAGCAGAGCUGGCCCCCAGUUAGUUACUCAGCCAUUUUACCGAUAUAGGUUCAGAUCUACGACAUUCAAGAAACAUUUGUGUAUCUAGCUUAUAAAGUACUUUAUAUUUACAUCUCUUUAUAUUCACAGGUGAUUUCAGGUGAGUUUGUAAAAUGAAUUUUUUUUUUAUUAUAUAUUUUGCAGCCAGUAGUCGGGAGGCAUUCUGUAACCUGAACGACGAGGGAAAUAACCAGGUGGAGUAUUAGUGGAGUUUGUGUGGUAGAUGGUGCCGAUGGUCUGCCAGUUUUGUUAGAGCAGGACUGGGAAAUUUUGUUUCUGUUUGUUUUCCUUGAAGUUCUGCUAUGUAUUUCUUAAUAUGCUCAAGAAGUUUUUUAUAUUUAGGCCAAUUCGACGUGAUACUCCACUUCUGUUAUUUCUUUGCAGGCUUCAGAAGUAUUAUUGUGUCCCUGUGUUAAUUAAAAAGUUUAUUUUAAAAUUUGUAAAUUUAUUGUAAAUAAGCAUAAUGUUACAUACCCUCAGUUUUUACACAGCAAAGCAAUUGGAAAUGUCAGUCCCCCCAAUAUUGCCAACUCUUUCAGGAAACCAAAGAAUUGAUUCCUUACAUGCCUGUAAAAACUGGUACAUUCAGAGUAUUUUAUUGUUUAUUUGUGUAAACCAGCUAAAGGAAAAAAUGUAUAACCUCUAAGUAUAUUACUUUAUACAUAAAUUAUGAGAAUAUC